GGGGCAAUGCCAGGGGCAGGUCCACAGAAGGAAAAGGGGAAGUAGGAAGGGAUGUGAAACUUGGCUGCUGGCGGUCACCGCCCUGCUGAGUGUCCCACAGGGGUCCCUGGGUGGACGGCAGGAGCGUCCAGUCGAGUUGACCACGGGAGCCAGUGGCAUCAUGGAAACCCUAUGGGGCUGGCUGGUGUUCGGUGCACUGGCCUUGUCCCUGGCCUCGGCAGCGACCCAGGACGUGUGCCGAGCACCAGAUGGGAGAGGAGGGGCUGCAGGAACACCUGGCCGACCUGGGAGACCAGGCCUCAAGGGGGAGCGAGGGGACCCAGGGGCCCCUGGCAUCCGGACAGGCAUCCGAGGCAUUAAAGGAGACGAGGGGGACCCUGGGCCCCCUGGAAACCCUGGUAAAAUGGGCUACCCAGGGCCCACUGGCCCCAUGGGUGCCCCUGGUAUCCCAGGAUUGAAGGGCACCAAAGGCAACCCGGGAGACAUCAAUAACCAACCGCGGCCAGCCUUUUCGGCUGUGAGGCGGAACCCACCCACGGGCGGCAAUGUGGUCAUCUUCGACCUGGUCAUCACCAACGAGGAAGGCCGGUACCAGAGCAACUCAGGUCGAUUCGUCUGCGCUGUGCCAGGCUACUACUACUUCACCUUCCAGGUGGUGUCCAAGUGGGACAUCUGCCUGUCCAUCAUGUCCUCUAGGAAGGGCCAUUUGCCAUUCUCCUUGGGCUUCUGUGACCUCAACAGCAAAGGAACCUUCCAGGUGUUAUCUGGGAGCACAGUGCUCCAGCUCCAGCAAGGAGACCAGGUGUGGAUCGAAAAAGACCCCGCGAAGGGCCGCAUUUACCAGGGUUCAGAGGCGGACAGUGUCUUCAGCGGCUUCCUCAUCUUUCCGUCCACCUGAACCAGGGAAGGACCCCCUCCCAGCCGUAGCCCCCUCUGCUUCCUGCCGAGUGAUACGGCCCCACUCACACCGCCUCUCUGUGUCUAUGCUCUGCUCUGUCAAGUGGGGCAGCUGUUGUUUUAGCUGAAGGGAGACCGUUUGUUAGAACUCUUCCUGAAAUAAAUACCUGAGUCCAUGUC